AGCCGCAAAAGAUGCCACGCUCCCAACCAGCCGCUUCUUCCUUUCUUCUACCUCACCUCCACCCUUGAUUCUCUCUCUACCUAGUCUCUCUUUAUCCCUCUCCUACCUACACUGUCAGACAGGCAGGCACAGCUAGAGUGAGAAAGAGGAGGAGGUAGAAGCAGAGGAGCCGACCAUGGAGCCUGGCCCCGACGCGCCUGGCUGCGGGGGAGCGAGCGCGCCGGCGGAGGCCGGGCCAUCGUCGUCGUCCUCGGCCGUGGCCGCCGCGUCGUCGAGCCGGCAGGCAGAGCAGGAAGCGCCGCAGCAAGAAGCAGCACAGAGGCAACAGCCGCCACCGCAGCAGGCGGCAGCAGGAGGAGGAGCAGGGGGGCAGCAGGAAGCGCCUGCGCAGGCUCAGCCGCAGCCGCUGGCGCAGCAGCCUCCGCCGGUGGGGCUGAGCCGGUACGAGUCGCAGAAGCGGCGCGACUGGAACACGUUCCUGCAGUACCUGCGCAACCACAAGCCGCCGCUGACGCUGCAGCGGUGCAGCGGCGCGCACGUCAUCGAGUUCCUCCGGUACCUCGAUCAGUUCGGCAAGACCAAGGUGCACGCCGAGGGGUGCGCCUACUUCGGCCAGCCCAACCCGCCGGCGCCCUGCGCCUGCCCGCUCCGCCAGGCCUGGGGCAGCCUCGACGCGCUCAUCGGCCGCCUCCGCGCCGCGUACGAGGAGUCCGGCGGGCGGCCAGAGUCCAACCCGUUCGCGGCCCGCGCAGUGCGCAUCUACCUCCGCGAGGUGCGGGAGGCGCAGGCCAAGGCGCGCGGGAUUCCCUACGAGAAGAAGAAGCGCAAGCGCGGCAGCGCAGCCGCCCCUCCCGUUGCGCCGCCUCCUGUCGUCACCGCGGAGGCCGCGGGAACGUCAGGUGGCGGUGGCGAGGAAGAAGAGGACGACGAACCGUCGAGGUCCGCUGAACCACAACAGACUGCGCCAGUAUCUUCGGCUCCUCCUACAAGUACUAGGGCCGGCGCUAGCACUGCUACCGCUACUGUCAGUAGUACCAGUGCUGUGGCGGCGGCCGCGACGACGACAUUAAGAAGAAGAAAGGAAUCAGAACGAUCCGCACCCAGUUCGUGAUAACUGUCGGUCGUCUACCUUUUGAUUCCAUCAUCUCUCAAUUCUAAUCCUGCCUUGAUCUUAAUUUUUAGUUGCUUAUUAAUACUGUUGUUAUUGUUUGUUGGUAUAAGAGAACUCUAAGGGAGACUCGUAGGAUCAUAUUAGGAGGAGUAAAUAUAUAUAUAUAAACAUGUCAAUUAACUUGAAGAAAAUUUAAUUUGCAGGAAUAAGAGAAAGAUAACUUUCUAUGCUCCUUUUCUA